AGUCAGCGGCGUAGUACUCUGACGCUGGCCGGCCCGGGCGUGGGGGCCUGUGGGAGGUGGCGCGGCCGAGCCCAGCUGCGGGGCGGAGGCGGCGGAGAGGCCUGUGGCGGCAGGGAGCGGCGGGGCCAGGAGCGGGCGCUGGAGCCGAGCCGAGCCGGAGCCGGAGCGGGCGGCGCAGGCCGGCGCGGCGAGCAGCAACCAUGUCGGUGUUCGGCAAGCUGUUCGGGGCCGGAGGGGGUAAGGCCGGCAAGGGCGGCCCGACCCCUCAGGAUGCCAUCCAGCGGCUGCGGGACACAGAGGAGAUGCUAAGUAAGAAACAGGAAUUCCUAGAGACGAAGAUCGAGCAGGAGCUGACCGCCGCCAAGAAGCACGGCACCAAAAACAAGCGCGCGGCCCUCCAGGCACUGAAGCGCAAGAAGAGGUAUGAAAAGCAGCUGGCGCAGAUCGAUGGCACACUAUCAACCAUUGAGUUUCAGCGAGAGGCCCUGGAGAAUGCCAAUACCAAUACCGAGGUGCUCAAGAACAUGGGCUAUGCUGCCAAGGCCAUGAAGGCUGCCCACGACAACAUGGACAUCGAUAAAGUUGAUGAGUUAAUGCAGGACAUUGCCGACCAGCAAGAACUUGCAGAGGAGAUUUCCACAGCUAUUUCAAAACCUGUAGGAUUUGGAGAAGAGUUUGAUGAGGAUGAGCUCAUGGCAGAAUUAGAAGAACUAGAACAGGAGGAACUAGACAAGAAUUUGCUGGAAAUCAGUGGACCCGAAACAGUCCCUCUACCAAAUGUUCCCUCUAUAACCUUACCAUCAAAACCCACCAAGAAGAAGGAAGAGGAAGAGGAUGACAUGAAGGAAUUGGAGAACUGGGCUGGAUCCAUGUAACUGGUCCAGUUCGGGCUGGGCCCAGACAGACUCUGGUGGCCUGUGCAGCGGGCAGGCGUGUGCUUGUGCGGGGCAGGCAGGACAUGGUGCAGGCAGGUUCCAUCGCUCCUGAAUCUCCCUCCAAAGCAGUAGGGCCGCAUCACUGCUCACUCUCUGCAUAGCAUGGUCUGCACCCAGCGGGAUGGGGAGGGGGGUG